AUGAUGCGCCGCAUCGCAACAAAAGCCCCCCGCCGGGUCCCUCUUCUCAAGCCUAGGACGACGCCGAUUUCUGCUCCCUCGCUUGCCGCGCGCUGUCUAUCGACAACCCCCAAGAUGGCCAAGACGCCGGCCAACCCUUUCUCCGAUGUUCCGGCAGAUGCCUUCCAGCUCCUGUCUGAGGCCAACAAGGCUGGCGAAGCCGAGGAUGCUUUGUACGAAUCCCAAAUCAAGGAGGUCGAGGCAUGGUGGCGAUCUCCUCGCUACGAGGGCAUCAAGCGCCCUUACAGCGCAGCUGAUGUUGUCUCCAAGCGCGGGACCCAGCAGCAGACCUACACCAGCUCUCUGAUGGCCCGUAAACUCUUCAACCUCAUCAAGGAGCGCGGAGCGGAGGGCAAGCCCCUGCAUACCAUGGGCGCCAUCGACCCCGUCCAGAUGACCCAGCAGGCUCCUCACCAGGAGGUCCUCUACAUCUCAGGCUGGGCUUGCUCCUCCCUCUUGACGUCGACCAACGAGGUGUCGCCCGACUUUGGCGAUUACCCCUACAACACGGUGCCGAACCAGGUCCAGCGCCUGGCCAAAGCCCAGUCGAUGCACGACCGCAAGCAGUGGGACGCCCGUCGCAAGCUGACGCCUGAGCAGCGUGCCAAGGCGCCCUACACCGACUACCUCCGACCCAUCAUCGCCGACGGUGACACAGGCCACGGCGGUCUGUCGGCCGUCCUCAAGCUGGCCAAGCUGUUCGCCGAGAACGGCGCGGCGGCUGUGCACUUUGAGGAUCAGCUCCACGGCGGCAAGAAGUGUGGCCACCUCGCAGGCAAGGUUCUCGUGCCGGUGGGCGAGCACAUCAACCGCCUCAAUGCAGCGCGGUUCCAGUGGGAUGUCAUGGGCACCGAAAACCUCGUCAUUGCUCGCACAGACUCGGAGAGCGGCAAGCUCAUCAGCAGCGCCAUUGACGUGCGCGACCACGAGUUCAUCCUCGGCGUGGCCGACCCUUCGAUCGAGCCCCUCGCGGAGACGCUCCAGGCCAUGGAGGCCCGCGGCGCCGUUGGCAGCGAGAUUGACGCGUUCGAGGCCAACUGGGUCAAGUCCACCAAGCUCGUCAGCUUUGACGAGGCCGCCGUCGCCCACAUGAAGUCCGAGGGCGUCGCCCAGGAGCACAUUGACUCGUACCUCGAGACGGUCCGCGCCAACCGCGACCUCGGCAUCGCGCACCGCCGCAAGCUGGCGUCGCAGCACACGUCCAGCCCAGUCUACUUCUCCUGGGACGUGCCCCGCACGCGCGAGGGCUACUACCACUACCGCGCCGGCAUGGAUGCCGCGACGAAGCGCGCCCUUGCCUUUGGCCCCUACGCCGACCUCCUCUGGGUCGAGACGGGCGACCCCAACGUCGAGGUCGCGACGACGCUCGCGCGCGCUGUCCGCGCCCAGAUGCCCGGCAAGGGCCUCGUCUACAACCUGUCGCCCUCGUUCAAUUGGAUGGCGCACGGCUUCACCGACGCGACGCUCAAGAGUUUCAUCUGGGACAUUGCGCGCGAGGGCUUCGUCCUGCAGCUCAUCUCCCUGGCGGGCCUGCACUCCAACGCCACCAUCACCAACGAGCUCGCGCGCGACUUCAAGUCGGACGGCAUGCUCGCCUACGUCAACCUCGUCCAGAGGCGCGAGAAGGAGGGCGGCUGCGACGUCCUGACGCACCAGAAGUGGAGCGGCGCCAGCUACAUUGACGGCAUUCUCGGCGCCAUCCAGAGCGGCAGCUCGAGCAGCAAGAGCAUGGGCGAGGGCAACACGGAGGGUCAGUUCAACUGA